ACACUUUGCCAACCAUCACUUGCAUCGCACCACUUUGUGCUUGACAUCCAUUGAAACAUCGACACUAGCGUCCGCACCGUUGUGCCCCGGUGACAUGGCCCCAAUCGUGUCCGGGUCUCCAUUCCGGCCCAGGAGCAGGGGACCCACCGCGCGAUCCCCCUCUCCUCCACCUCUCCCUCCAAAAGCCAGUGCCAUCGACCUCAACAGCUCUACCCGGUCUACUGAUCGAGAAACAGGCCUUAAGGUCACCAAGCGGGCCUUCCUGUGCGACGUUGUGGUGGAGCGCAAUGGCCCCGAAACAACAGCGCUCCUCUCACAUCUUGGAAACGCCGUUGCCCCUCAGUCGGCUCUUCGCAACUCCCAGAACACACCUACUACACCAUCAAGGCGCAGCGAGAAUGGCGGAGCUGUUGCCUCAAAGUGGUCGGUGGAGAAAAGCUCUGAGAUGCAGACGAGGCUCUCGGCGAUCCUGGACGAGUUUAUCAAGACGGAGAGGAGUUACGUGGCACGCAUCAAAGCGUUGAAGAUGAGCUAUGCCGACCCGCUUCGACACUUUGCCAAGCAGGGCUACUCUGUCAUUGUGCCCAUGUACGAAGCAAAGACCCUGUUCAGCAACAUCGACGUGAUCCUGCCAGCCGCUCAGUCGUUUCUGGCCGAUCUUGAAGCCGUGUGGGCCUUGGGGAAUGCGGCGGCCCAAGUUGGAGAUGUCUGUUUGCGACAUCUCAAGACCUUGAAAACGAUCGACCCGUAUCGCACAUACAUUGGUAACCAGGACGAAGCUCAAAAGACGUUCCAGGAGAUGUUCAAGAAGGAGCCUGCGUUUGUCAGCUUCAUCGAGAAUACAAAGUACCAGACCACAAACGUGCAGAACGUUGGGCUGAGCGAACUGUUGAUGGAGCCGGUCCAGCGAGUGCCUCGUUACACGCUGCUCUGGCAAGAAAUGAUCAAGUGCAUGUCUCCCCUUGACACUCAGCGUGCCAAACUGCAGGAGGCAACCGAGAUCGCGUCCCGAAUCGCUCGAUGCGAUGCCGACGAGCAGACUGUGCGAGCCACAGUCAUGUACUGCUUGCAGCGCAACGUCGAGAACUUUCCCGUGAGUGGUGUACAAGUCGCAAAGGCUGACAUCAAGGCAAACCUGUUUAGUAACAACCGCAACUUUAUUGACGCCAUCGAUGUGCAAGAUUCUCCCCCUGGCGGGGACACCGCCACCAGUGGAUCCAAAAGUCCACGCCCGGCCUCGGUUGCGUCCUCGAACAGAUCGUCGAUAACUGCCAGCUCGUUGAUGUCUCCACGGAAGGAGUCUAGCAGUACAGCAACGUUGCCUUGCACAUUGUUCCUCUUUGACGACAAGAUCAUGAUCACCAAACGUCAGUCAAGCUCUAUUAGCGGACCCAAGGUUACCGGCGUCGACGACGUCGCCAAACUCGUCAAGUCUGGCGGUGGUGUCGCCGUGAAGGAGAAGGAUGGUUCCAAAAAGGAAAGCCUCAGCUUCCGCGGUGUUGUCGAUAUUCUGAAUGUUGUUGUGACAGACGUUGGAAACGGAGACUUCAACAUUGACUUUGGAAAGCCCCCCAUGGACCAGUUUGGCAAGUGGGCGAGCCGAACCUUCCGCCACUAUUCUACCGUUCACCCUCCCUACUCUGUUGGGUUCGACCCGUCGGCUACACGGAAAGACAAGCUUCGAUUCGUGCACAACAUUUGGGCAGCGCAGGCUCUUGCUCGGACCAAGGUCCUUCCGACGCAAGUCAAGGCUGUCCCCCAGGUCCUCGAGUCUCCUGAAGAGGUCGACUUGGGCCCAGCCAAAGAGCCUUUCUCGGUGGCUAAGCUGUACUCGAACAUCUGGGAUCGUGAGGGUUGGGAGGCUGAACAAACCAAGGCUCGGGUUCUCAUUCGCAUCGACGAAGAUGGCCAAUUCAAGGACAUGCCGAUGGGUAGCAGCGGGAAUCCGAGUCUCAUUUUCCAUCUACAGCCUCUGGCCGGCGGUAUUUGUCGCCUGUCGUGGCUCUUGCCCAACCUUGGGCUGAACGAACAGGAGACGAUGGUGCCCUUGGACGAGAUUGUGGAGAAGGUGGCACGUAGAAUAUGCCGCUCCAAAGCCUUCCAUCCCGACGAAACCGUCACUGUCGCCAACGCGUCCGCACCCAACACCCCGUCUACCGCUGGUCGAAGGCACAACUUUGGAAGGAGUUUGGACGCUGUGACGACCAACCUCUUUGGGAGUGGCACUGCCUCGUCGCGGGGAGGUUAUACAAGCAGUGGGGAUGCGUUUGGGUCGACGAGCACCAAACGGAGCCGCUCAGUCACCAGCCGGACAUCCACGGCGGAGACCAGAGGAACGUCAACGGACAAGCGGUCUGUCACUUCGGACGGACGGAGCAUGCCGCAGACACCAAGAUCGCCCAUGUCACCCUCGCGAGCCGGCGCGCGGUCGCCGUCUACGGCGUCACGCUCCGACGGGCAUGGCAAGUUGUCGGAUGGACCCCGACCUGGCUCGGCCUCCCCAGCUGUGCCGUCUCGAGUCGCCGCCCGAAUCGCUGCUAUGGAAGAAAAGGUCAACUCGGACACGUCACCAAUACGACGGACCCCGUCGCGAGUUCCUGUCCCUACCCUUGCGUCUUCGGUGCUUGCACGGGACGAGUCCAGUCUCACUCGCGAUUCGUCAUUGUCUUCUCUGCCUCAGUCGCCCACAAAGUCCUCGGCCAAGCCGGAUGCGCUCUCACCUCGUCCCGGUGGUUACGUUGCGCCGCUACCCCCGCCACUGGCCCUGGCUUCAGACUCAUCGGCCAUGUCGAGGCAAGGGUCGUCCGUCACCGAACGACCUCUGUCUCCUCGACCACCGCUCCCUCAACCUGGUCAAGCGCACCCGGCCCUCGGUGUUGUUUCUCCGCUCCCAAAUCUUCCGGGUUCCGCUCGCAGACCCCUUCCUCAGCCACCUAUGGUAGAGGUUGACCUUACCGACGCCCCACCCAGCAAAUUGAUUGGCCUUGGGGCACCACCCCGACUCCGCAUCACUUCUGGAAGUGCUCGAUCGUCGGUUGUCGGGGAUGAGAAUGCCUCGCUCCGGUCGACAUCAGGUCAGAAGCGUCAACACAUGGCCGAGCACCUCACACCCCGCAAGCGUUCCCCGAGCGACUCGCCUAUGCACCGGCGUGAGGGGGAAAGGACGCCGACACAAACACCAGAACCUAGACUCCCAGGAGUUUCUUCGAGAAAGGUCUCGACGAGCACUCUAACUCCUCGAGGCAGUCGGCAGUCGAGUGCUACAGGCACGCUUACACCUUCCCGCCGAGUGUCGGCUGUCAGUGUAGCAAGUGUCGCCAGUGCCGCCACGGUUCACACUAUUGGGUCUGCCACCGAGGACUGCGAUAUCAUCAUGAGCGACCACGCAGACCUCUCAACAGCUGCCAAUUCUGUUCGACAAAAGGUUGCCGAUGCCCGUAUCUUGACCCGUCGAAUCCGAGUGGACGCCAAGAGCCUCUACAAGAUGACCAAGGAGAACCAUUGGGAUGUGUCGCGCACACCGAGCCUUCCUCGGUCGCCUCAUAACCGAAACAUUCGCCGUCAAGCCGACUUGCUCGGCGCAUACGAGGAUGUCCCCAGUGUGGUGUCGCCUGGUGCACCCAUCAAAGGUGAUAAAGAACAGUCCCCUGAAGACGUUGUGCGAGCUCUUGUGAAGACGAGCGACAAGCUUGAGACGCGACUCAAGGAGGCCCUUGCCGACACUGAACGUGUUCGAAUGCUGGCUCGACAGGCCGCGGAGGCGGAAUCCCAGCACGCAUCGAGCACUGCCGUCUGGGAAUCGCAGAUACAGCGAUCCAAGGAGCGCGAGGACUUGGUGCGCGAGCAUUUGGGUAUGCGGGAGAUGGAACUGGACGAGAUCUACAAGGCCUUCAACACGGAGCUGGACAGCAUGUACAAUGACCUGACGCUGCCGCAACCGGACCUCGCGGCUGCAGCUAUGCGCAAAGAUCUGCAGGAGACCAAGGCGCAGCGCAACCAGUACCAGCUCGAGAAUAGCCGCCUCAAGCAGCAGCUGGACGAGGAGCGUCAAAAGCGCGAGCACUGGGCCAAACUUCUCCGUGCCCACGGCAUUCCUCUUUAA